UGCUCUUUACAGAAGAGCACUUGACAGACUGUGAUAUUAGUGUCGUGGACGCUGCUACAUGCCCUGGCCUGUGUACAGAACUUGUACAAUUAGAGCAUGGACUGUAUCCAAGGAAGCUGUAUUGUUUUGUACACUUAAGUGUUCAGGAGUUCUUUGCUGCUCUGUACGCAUUUCAUGAAUUUGAAAAUGGCAGGAUUGACUCAGUGAAAGCCUUAAUCAAAAAGAGGAAAGGGAGAACUUUGUUAGAUUUCCUCAAAGGUGUGCUCGACAUUGCAUUAGAUAGUCAAAAUGGACACCUGGACCUUUUCACACGCUUCCUUUUCGGGAUCUCUCACGACUCCAGCCGGGACCUCCUUCAAGACAUUCUGGGAAAAACAACCAGCAGUUCAGAAUGCAACAAAAAGUUAAUCGGAUAUAUCAAGAUGUUGAAAAGGAAGGACCUCUCUCCAGAGAGAUGCAUCAACUUGAUCCACUGUGUGCUUCAGCUGAAGGACCACACCAUACUUCAGAAUGACAACAACCAAGUCUCGCCUUCAGACACACAGCCAACUCCAUUUCAGUGUUCUCUCCUGGCAUAUAUGUUCAUUAUGUCAGAGAAGCCUGAAGAGUUCGACUUCAGGAAUAACAAAACUUCAGAGGAAGCUUUUCGCAGACUGGCUCCUGCUUUGCUGUCUUGCACUAGAGCGUUGCUCAACUUCUGUGACAUCACAGUACUGGAGUGUGCAACUGUAUCCUCAGUUCUCCAGUCUGAGAAUUCUCGUCUGUCAGUCCUGGACCUGGGCCACAACAACCUGCGCGAUGAAGGAGUGAUCCGCCUCUGCUGUGGGCUGCGGAACCCCAACUGCAAGGUGGAAACCCUGAAUCUACGCCACAAUCAUGUGGGAGUUGGAGGUGUCAAGGCAAUCUGCGAAGUGCUGACUUGUCCCACCUCAAAACUUCAGAACUUGGACCUCAGCUGCAAUGACCUUGGGGACCCGGGGGCAAAGUUGCUUGCUGUUGCCCUCCACAAGCAUUGCAAGCUGCAAGCACUGAGGCUAUCUGGCUGUUUGAUCACACUGCCUGAGAUUGUGUCCUCUGUCCAGGCCGUAGCUUUGAGGUCAGAAGCCUUCCAGAUGAAAGAGCUGGAUCUGAGCUACAAUCCCCUCAGAUACGUUCAAUUGGAUUUCCCGCUACAGCUGAACAUGGACCAUACAGGAGAGAGCAGGAAUAAACCAGGUCUGAAGAAAUAUGCCAGUGAGCUCACACUAGACCCCAGCACAGCAAAUCGUUUCCUGUCCCUGUCCGAGGGGAACAGGAAAGUGACGCGCCAGAGGAAGGCGCGAGACUAUCCCAGCACCCAAGAGCGGUUCGAUGAAUGCAACCAGGUGCUGAGCAAGGAGGACCUCGGCGGGCGGCAUUACCUGGAGAUUGAGUGUCUGCAUGACGUACAUAUAGGCAUGGCCUACAAGCGAUUAAAGAGGAACGGGGCCGGAGACAAUGUAACGCUAGGACGGAAUGCUCUUUCUUGGGCUUUGUACGCCUCAAAGGAUAAGUUCUAUGCCCAGCACGAAAAAAUUAUUCACAACUUACGGCUCCCUGAAAUCAAAUCAGAUGAGUCCUAUAGAAUUGGGGUGUUUCUGGACAGGCCGGCCGGCCUCCUGUCCUUCAACAAAAUCUCCUCAGAGUCUGACAAACUGACCCACCUGUACACCUUCCACACCACAUUCACUGAACCCCUUUAUCUUGGGCUUAGACUUCAAUCCCCAACCUCAACCAUUUCUCUCAAAUAGUCAAAUAGCCUACAUUACAUCUAAGCAUUGUCUUUCAGAAAGUAUAUGUCCCACUGGGUGGGGAGGGAGAGGGGUUAUAGAAAACUUUGUGGUCAGACUUAGGUUCUAAGCUAAGGAAGUAUACUUGAGAACAGAAUGGCCUGUGGGUUUACAAUACUGUUAUGUUGUAUCUCUCCUUUAUUCCUCUGAACAAAGAAUUUAAAAUAAUGUGCUAUAUACUGUAUAGCCGUACUGACCAUAAUUUCAAUUUAAAAUAAUGUCAAAAGCUGGCUAAUGAUCGAACAAAUGUUCAUGUCUGUGCCUUCAGAAAGUAUUCACACCCCUUGACUUUUUCCACAUUUUGUUGUGUUACAAAGUGGGAUUAAA